CGCCCGCCCGGCAAGCCCGCGGCCACGAGCAGUCCGGCCCCGGGAACAAGUCACUGGCCCGCCGGCGUCCCCAUCCAGUCCGCAGCGUCCCCAUCCCAUCCCGGUGUCACCCCCCAAGCCAUGGCGCUGAGCGUGCCCAUCCUGCCGUCCUUCUCCACUUUCGCCAGCCCGUGCCGUGAGCGCGGCCUGCAGGAGCGCUGGCCACGCACGGAGCCCGAGGCCGCCAGCGGCGCCGACGACGACCUCAACAGCGUGCUGGACUUCAUCCUGUCCAUGGGGCUGGACGGCCUGGGCACUGAGGCCGCCCCGGAGCCGCCGCCUCCACCGCCCCCGCCGCCUGCUUUCUACUACCCGGAGCCUGGCGCCCCACAGCCCCCGCCGCCGCCGCCGCCCUACGGUGCCCCCGCGGGCGGCCUGGUGUCCGAGCUGCUGGACGCGCCGCCGGGCCCUGCGCUGCACGGCCGCUUUCUGCUCGCGCCCCCGGGCCGGCUGGUCAAAGCCGAGCCCCCCGAAGUGGACGGCGGAGGUGCCUAUGGCUGCGCGCCCGGCCUGGCCCGCGGGCCGCGCGGGCUCAAACGCGAAGGGGCCCCCGGCCCGAGCGCAGCGUGCAUGCGGGGACCCGGGGGCCGGCCACCGCCGCCGCCCGACACGCCGCCGCUCAGCCCCGACGGGCCCGCGCGUCUGCCCGCACCCGGCCCGCGCGCCGGCCCCUUCCCGCCGCCGCCCCCCGCCUUUGGCGGCCCCGGCUUCGGCGCCUCUGGUCCGGGGCUGCACUACCCGCCGCCCGCGCCCGCCGCCUUCGGGCUCUUCGACGACGCGGCCGCCGCAGCAGCCGCAGCAGCAGCCCUGGGGUUGGCGCCCCCCGCCGCCCGCGGUCUCCUCACGCCCCCCGCGUCCCCGUUGGAGUUGCUGGAGGCCAAACCCAAGCGCGGCCGCCGCUCCUGGCCUCGCAAACGCACAGCCACGCACACCUGCAGCUACGCCGGCUGCGGGAAGACCUACACCAAGAGCUCGCACCUCAAGGCGCACCUGCGCACGCACACAGGCGAAAAGCCGUACCACUGCAACUGGGACGGCUGUGGCUGGAAGUUCGCGCGCUCCGACGAACUCACUCGGCACUACAGGAAGCACACGGGCCACCGGCCCUUCCAGUGCCACCUGUGCGACCGCGCCUUCUCGCGCUCCGACCACCUGGCGCUGCACAUGAAGCGCCACCUCUAGGCAGCUCGGGGGUGCCCCCCUCACCGUGCGUGCGCUCCCGCGCUCGGCCGGGGCGGGUCCCACGCGCCGGGCACGGCUCCCCUUCGUCCCAAACUGUGACAUUAACGGUAUUUAUUGGACUCCUCCCUUCCCUUCUCCCCCUCCCCCGAGGACCGGGGCCGGACACUGCGUGGCCAAGAGAAAAGGGGACUGACUGUCCCUCGAUGGACAUUGCCACUCCUGGGCCUUACAGGUGACGUGGAGCCCGCUGGGCCAAGAUGGUGACCGUCGUGGACAAAUUUUGCUUUUUAAAAUGGUGCAAUAACUCCAUGCCCUCACCUCCCCCGCCCGGGGUCUGCAC